AUGGCAACUUUGAAAAUCUUCUUCUUUGUCCUUUUGAUCCAAUGCACUGUAUUCACUGGCUCUUCUCGUCAGUUGAAGAAGAGCAACAUAAAUAUUGAUAGCUAUGGUGACAAUACAUUCAAUGUCAUUAGCUUUGGAGCUAUUGGGGAUGGAAAGAAGGAUGAUUCUAAGGGGUUUAAGCGUGCAUGGGAUGCUGCUUGCGAUUCAUCAACUCCGUCACCAACCUUUCUUGUACCUCAAGGGAAGACGUUUCUGCUGCAACCUUUAACUUUCAACGGCAAACAUUGCAACUCUAAUAACAUUACUUUCCAGAUUGAUGGGAGAAUCAUAGCCCCAACCAAACCUUCUACAUGGGAAUGCAAUACAAAUUGUCACCAUUGGAUUGGCUUUCAGAAUUUCGAUGGUCUCCACAUUCAAGGAUCUGGUAUCAUCAAUGGCCAGGGAGAUAAUUGGUGGAAACUUUCUUGCAAAGAUAACCAAAAGUCGUGCCAACUUCGGAAACCAACGGGUUUUAUGAUAGGACACUCCAAGAAUGUAGAUAUGAAAGGUUUAACCUUUGAAGACAGUCCCAAAAUGCACAUUGCAUUUGAAGACUCUACUUCGAUUCAUGCCACUCAACUUACAAUCAAAGCUCCGGGAAACAGCCCCAACACUGAUGGCAUUCACAUCCAACGUUCCACCAAUGUCUCUAUCCACAAUACAACCAUUCAAACUGGUGAUGAUUGUAUAUCAGUUGGAGAUGGCUCCAAAUAUAUCAGUAUCACUAACAUCGAAUGCGGUCCGGGUCACGGAAUAAGCAUUGGGAGCCUUGGAAUUAUGGGGAAAACUGAGGAAGUUGAAUUUGUUCAUGUAAGAAAUGUUUCUUUCCAUGGAACAACUAAUGGAGUUAGAAUCAAAACUUGGCAGGGGGGACAUGGUCAUGCGAGGAACAUUAGAUUUGAAGAUAUAACUUCUCAUGCUUCAACUCGACCUAUUGUUAUCGAUCAAUAUUAUUGCCCUCAUAAACAAUGCAAGAAUCAAACAACAGCUGUGGAGAUUAGCAACAUAGCUUAUGAGAACAUCAAUGGCACAUCACAUAAAGAAACAGCAGUGCAACUUUCGUGCAGUGAAUCCAGUCCUUGUAGAAACAUUACCAUGAAAAAUAUUAACUUGAGAAAUGAGAAGCAAAAAGGCAAAACUUCAUCAUAUUGCCUCAAUGCUCAUGGCUUGAGAAAUGGAAGGGUCCAUCCUAAUGUACCUUGUUUGGACAAACAUGAUAAUUUCUAG